AUGACCGGCUGUGCUACAUUAUGGUAUAUGCUGGCGAUUACACUACUAGUUGGAGUUGCUACUCGCUCGACAUUUGUUUUGAGUUCUAUCUGUGUUACUCCUUUUGCACUGACAGUGCUGUUUCUUAUGUUUAAGAAUACACCUGUUAAUAAUCAAGACAAAGCAAAUUUCUUCGCUGGAUUGAGGAUGGGUGGUCAUCGAGGGUCCCCGUACGAAGCACCAGAAAACACAAUAGAAGGAUUCGGAAUGGCCAAACAGUCGAAGUGUGAGUUCGUGGAGUUCGACGUACACUUGUCAGCAGAUGGCGUGCCCGUACUGAUUCAUGAUGAUUCUACCGGCCGCACUUCCAAGGAGGACGUGCUGAUCAGACAGAAGACUGCUAAAGAAAUUAAGAACAUACGUUUGAAAAUAAUCAGGUAUUCAAAUUUGGCCUGA